AUUAUCUGAUAAUGGAGCCCUAUUUUGCUGGUUUUAAGCAAGUGCAGCAGGACUAUGAAGUUACUCUUGAACUUGCCACUGAGGAGGUUCAAAAAAUCAGCACUGCCCAGAAUUCUAAGACAGGAUCUUAUGGUGUCAGUAUUAGAGUACAAGGAAUUGAUGGGCAUCCUUACAUAGUGCUAAACAAUGCAGAAGGAUGUUUGUCAGAAAAUCCUCCUCUGCCUGGAGAAGAACAGCAGGUCGUUUCUCAGACUGUAAGUAGGCCAACCGCAGACUCUAAUUCUGCCUAUAACUUGGACGACAAAAAUGGUGAACGCGCAAAGUUUCCUGGAACACAGCAUGUGCAACCGUGUAUGUUCAAAAGCCUAAAGAUAACCAAUAUGGAUGAAAAAGAAAAUGGAACAUUGAAUUUUAAAGACAGGACACUGAAAUCCUCCAAUUUGUUGAACUUUCAAAGACAUCCUGAGCUUUUACAGCCUUAUGAUCCUGAAAAAAGUAACUUGAACUUGGAUACUUACCAAUCUUCUCUGUGUGAUAAAUCUAAAUCUUUUGCAGAUAAAGGUAAAACUGAAGCAAGGCCCUGGAUUUCCUCAUCCAAAGUAGUGUCCCUACAGAAAAUAAAUCCGUAUCUUGCAGAGUCAAACAAAGCAAGUGCAAAUAAAAUACCCUUGAACAGGUCAGUGGAAGACCAAAAAAAGCAGGCGUUGGACUGUCCCGGUAACGUUAUCACUUCCAAUGAGGUGCAUGUUUCGGAUUCGUUUUUAUCCGCAGGAGGAUCCCCAUGUGUUAGUCCUGUGGCUCGUAUGGAAACAAGGAAACCUAGACCAGAUGUUCUUCCUUUCCGCAGACAAGAUUCAGGUGGGCCCGUGUUGGAUGACUCACGAAGAUCAUCAUCCUCUUCAGCUACUCCCACUUCUGCAAAUUCCUUGUACAGAUUUUUACUUGAUGACCAAGAGUAUGCUAUCUAUGCAGACAACGUUAAUCGCCAUGAAAACAGAAGGUAUAUUCCAUUUUUGCCUGGAACUGGCCGUGAUAUUGACACUGGUUCACUUCCAGGAGUAGAUGAGCUAAUUGAAAAGUUUGAUAAGAAAGUUGGUCCUCAGAGAAGAGGUAGGAUGGGAAAAAGGAAUAAGAUUCACCCAGAUGAUCGUAAAAGAUCAAGAAGUGUUGAUAGUGCCUUGUCGUCAAGUCAUGAGGUAAAUUCAGGUUAUUUGCAUGAAUUCAGUAAAAGCUUGGGUAAGUCAACUGAGCAGUUGCUAAGACCAUCUGAAGUUUGCCUUCAUAAGCAGUUACCUAGAGAUCAGAAGCUGCUUUCCACAGAGACGAAAGGUUUGGCUCGAAGUACUGGAAAACUGCAAAUGCCUGAUAAAGACAUUCAGAACUACCAUUUCAAUUCUUUGCAGUAUCAUAAACAAGAUAGAACUUAUGCUGAGAGCUUCAAGUUUAGAUCAUCUACACUCCCAGGCCAGAGUAAAAGUGAGGAAGUUAAAACAGUAACCUCUACUCUGUUGUUGCCAAACCGAUUUACAGUCCUACCAGAUACAGGAACCAAGAAGAUUUCUGUAAAAACAUGUUCGUCCGUCCCCAGUAUACAGGCAACUCCUGAUCUCUUGAAAGGCCAGCAAGAUAUUGCACAACAAACAAAUGAAGAGACAGCUAAGCAGAUCCUUUAUAAUUACCUUAAAGAAGGAAGUGCUGAUAAUGAUGAUGCCACAAAGAGGAAAGUCAAUUUGGUUUUUGAGAAAAUUCAGACUUUAAAGUCAAGAGCUGCUGGAAAUGCACAGGUUUCUGACUCUUCAGCUGAGGUGAAAGCUUUGUUGGAACAAAAAACAGAACUUGAAAGGAAAGUGGAAGAGUUGCAGAAAAAAAUGGAUCUGGAAAUUAAGAAUCAGCAAAAUGCCAAAGAAGAGAGAGAUGCUACACGAGCAACCUUGAAAGAACUUCAGUUGCAACUUGAUCAAAGUGUAUGUGAAAAAGAUGCCUUAAAAGAGCGUCUCGAGGAAAGUGAGAAGGAACUUAGACAAAACCUAGAGGAGCUUUUUCAAGUGAAGAUGGAGCGGGAGCAAUACCAGACUGAGAUAAGAGAUCUUCAAGACCAACUGUCUGAAAUGCAUGAUGAACUGGACAAUGCAAAACAUACUGAUGAAGGGGAGAAGGAAGUUCUGAUUGAGGAGCUGAUGCAGAUGAAGCAGGAUCUGCAAGAAGUAUUAGUGGCAAAGGAUCAACAAGAAGAAAUACUGAGAAAGAGAGAGCGUGAGCUUACGGCUUUAAAAGGAGCACUGAAGGAAGAAGUGUCUAGCCACGACAUGGAGAUGGAUAAAAUUAAAGAGCAACAUGAUAAAGAACUGCUGGAUCUACAGCAGAGCCUGGAGAAAGUAACAGAGAAUGCUGCUGUCCUUGAGAGUGAAAGAAAUGCUGCAGAAGAAAUGCGAAAUAGUAUAGAAAAUCAAGUCAAAGCGCUAUCAGAGGAAAAUGAACAGCUGAAGAGAACAGUUGAUGAGCUAGAGGGUAAAAUGAGAGAGAUGGACAGCCAAAUCAAUAAUAUGAAAGGGGAAGAAGUUACAGCGAAGGAAAAAAUGAAGAGAUACGAGGAAGAGAAGCAGCAAUUAGAAGAAGCUUUGAAGCAUGCUGGAAAAGAGGAAAAAGAAUUGGUGGUGUUAAAGAAGUCUUUGGAAAGCCAACUAGAAGAUAUGCAGGAGGACAUUAGUUGUAUUUCACAGGAACGGCAACAGUUAACAGAGCAGUUAAAAGAUGAAAUUUACCAGAAGGAGCAGUUGAAGAAGAUAAAGAAUGAAAUGGAAGACGAACGACAACAACUAAACAAGACCAUUGAAAAGUUACAGGAGGAGGUGGCUGAAAUAGUAGAAGUCUCAAGAGCAUCAGCUUUGGAAUUUCAGAAUCAGCUUGAAGACUACAAGGAGAAAAAUCACAGGGAACUUGCAGAACUGCAGAGACAAUUAAAAGAAAAAAAUAUUGAGCUGGAAAAAUCACGCCUGGCAAACUUGAAAAUGCAGGAUGAGAUGCGUCUUAUGGAAGAAAAUUUAAAAGACCACCAGAGAGCUCAGGAUGAGGCAAUUACAAAGACUCAGCUGCUGGAACAGACUGUGAGAGAUUUGGAAUAUGAACUGGAGGCUAAAAACAACUUGAAAGAUGAUCGGGCAAGGCAAAUCAAAUUAAUGGAGGACAAGUUAUCUCACCUGGAGCUUGAGCUUGAUGAAGAAAAGAAUAAUUCAGAUCUGUUGUCCGAGAGGAUCAGUAGAUGCAGAGAACAGAUUGAACAAAUGAGAACUGAGCUACUUCAGGAAAGAGCUACAAAGCAAGAUUUGGAGUGUGACAAAAUUUCAUUGGAAAGACAGAACAAGGACUUGAAGAGCCGAAUCCUUCAUCUGGAAGGUUCUUACCGAUCCAGUAAGGAGGGACUUGUUGCACAAAUGGAAGCAAGGAUCACAGAGCUAGAAGAACGGCUUGAAAAUGAAGAGAGAGAUAGAGCUAAUUUCCAACUAAGUAACCGCAGACUGGAGAGAAAAGUGAAGGAAUUAAUGUUGCAAGUAGAUGAUGAACAUCUUUCACUGACUGAUCAAANNNUUCAGUUGAGUUUGCGUUUGAAAGCAAUGAAACGUCAAGUUGAAGAAGCCGAAGAAGAAAUAGAUAGACUGGAAAGUGCCAAAAAGAAACUCCAGAGAGAACUGGAAGAACAACUGGACAUGAAUGAACAAUUGCAAGGACAGCUCAGUGCUGCGAAAAAGGAAUUAAGACGGAAGAAAUCACCAAGUAAAGUGUUGACUGAUUUUGAUGAUGAUGAUGAUGAUGAAUUCAGCACGGAUGGAGAUAGUCUUUGUGAAACACCUUCAGGAAAUAACAUGUCAAAAGAUGAUGACACAAAAAUCUAAAUAAAUAUUGAAUCUGUGAUUCCUUGAAAGUACUGGAAGAAUACCCUGAAUUGCCAAGACUGGAUAUUCUAAAAGCCAAAUGACACAAAGGAAUAUAAGAGCUGAGAAUAUAAUGUUUCCAUCCAUUCUGUGCCAUUUUCUUGCUUGGA